CAACAAUCCGCGCCAAAAUUUCUCCUUCUUAGGCCACCCAGCCACGGAAAAACUCAUCACAUUUCUUCGCUUUUUCUCUAGUUAAUUGUGCUGAAAUUGCGACAGAAGCGUGGAAAUAAACGCAAGAGGUAUAUAAAGGAACCAAGCGAGAAGGAGAUUGAGUGAGAAAUUGAAGAUGGAGAUGGACAUAGAGGAGAUGUUUGGCGUCCGUCCAGCCGACAGUGACAGGGGCUCGGAAUCGGAGGCUGAGGAGGACGAGGAUGACGACAGAGGGGAAAACAACCCAAUGGACGAGGCUAUUGAAGUGCCGGAACGAGGUCAGCAGGCAAAAGCAGAACCCGUCAAACCGAAGAGAGUCGUAAAAAACCCACAGCCCAAGCUGGAUGUCCACCGCCUGGGAGGUCCGCGUGGCAUCCCAGUCCUGCAGAAGUCCUUCAAGGACGUGAAGUGGAAGGGCAAGGGGUAUGAGAAGGAGGAUUUAGACGUCCUCCUCAAGCGACUGGAGCAUUGGGCUCAUCGUCUCUUCCCAAAGUUGCCUUUUAACGAUGUCUUGGAGCAGAUUGAGAAACAGGGAUUCAAGAAGCCAGUUCAGGUCCUCAUCAAGAAGCUGAGACUGGACAUGUUCACUGAAAGCGAAUUAAACGGUGCCAACCCUGAUGAGGACAAUGUACGGAGAGGGAUUCACGAUGAGGAACCUGUAAUCGAAGAGCCCCCUGUGGACAUUUUCGAUGAGCUCCUGGGCCAGAGUGGAUUUCCUGCAUCUCAGCCCACUACCGUACCUGCUUUUACCUCUCUCCCAUCAUCGCCAGUGGAGAGUACUUUUACGCUAUCAGAGGAACAGAGAGAGCGUGUGGAACGUAACAGGCGCUUGGCAGCCGAGAGACGAGCGGCCAAGCUAAAGCGGCAACAAGAAGAGGAGGAGAGAUUACGCCAGAUGGAGGAAGAUGCUCACUCUUCCUUUGAUGAUAUAAGGGGCAGUGGAAUAGUAGGUGGUAAUACCAGCACACAGAAUAACAAUGAAUCUCCCGAGAAGCAGAAUAAAGAAAAGGAAACUCCAAAGGAACACGAUAAAGGGGAGACAGCAGAUAAUGCAACAGAGGACAUGGAAACAGAACCAGCCACAGAAGCAGAAACUGACAAAGAUGGAAAGGAAGAGAACACAGCUGAAAAUGGAAGUAAAGGAGAUACUGAUAAUCAGGAAGAUAAGGAGAGGGAGAGUACGAGUGAGGAUCCACCUGCAGCUGACAAGGGUGAGGAGAAGGAAUUGCACGAUGCUGAUGAUCUUCUUGGUAUGCUAGAGGAUGAAUAAGAAAAAUGCUUUAAUAUAGCAGAAAUAAAGUCGUACUUUUAAUACUUCUAGGUGGAAUGGAAAAGAUGUUAGCUACUUUUUAUAUGAAUUUUAUGCUGUGAAUUUUUGUAAGCAAAAUAUACUUUGUGUAACUGCA